UAGAAUUAACAAGAGGAGCUGAGAAGACUAAUCAAUCAUUUUGGCUCCAAGAAACAAAGAAGAGUUAGCAUAUUCUUUCUGCUUUCAGUUUUCUUCUUCCUUCCCAGUUUCGUUCUUCCACAUUCGAAAUCCGUAGCAACACGCGAUUCAUGAACACUUUCCCUUUCUGCUGAAUCAAUGGCCUCUGAAAUUAACUGGGACAGGUUAGAUAAAACGAAGUUCUUUGUUGUGGGAGCAGGACUCUUUACGGGUGUUACAGUGGCACUCUACCCGGUUUCUGUUGUGAAAACUAGGCUGCAGGUUGCUUCAAAGGAUACUUUGGAGAGAAGUGCAUUUUCUGUUGUGAAAGGAUUACUUAAAACGGAUGGUAUUCGUGGUUUGUAUAAAGGGUUUGGUCCGGUUAUCACUGGUACGAUUCCUGCCAGAAUCAUAUUCCUCACCGCCUUGGAGACGACAAAGGCGGCUUCUCUCAGGAUGAUGGAGCCAUUUACACUAUCUGAAACUACUCAGGCUGCCAUAGCAAAUGGAAUUGCAGGCAUGGGAUCAGCAUUUUUGUCACAACUUCUGUUUGUGCCAGUUGAUGUGGUUAGCCAGAAGUUAAUGGUGCAAGGAUUCUCAGGCCAUGCCCAAUAUAGUGGGGGUUUGGAUGUUACUCGUAAGUUGAUAAGGUCUGAUGGCAUCAAGGGAUUAUAUAGAGGAUUUGGCCUAUCUGUCAUGACUUAUACACCAUCUAGUGCUGUCUGGUGGGCAAGUUAUGGCUCAAGUCAACGCUACAUAUGGAGAUUAUUGGGACAUAGUGACAGUGAGGUAGGUACUCCGAGUCUACCAAAGAGUGAGGUAGGUAUUCCGAGUCUACCGAAGAGUGAGGCAAGUAUUCCGAGUCUACCAGAGAUUAUAUUUGUUCAGGCUACUGGUGGGAUUAUUGCUGCUGCUACUGCAUCCUGCUUUACAACCCCAUUGGAUACUAUCAAGACACGGUUACAGGUGACGGCACUUGAAAAGAAAAUAUCGGUAAAACAAGUUGUUAAAGACUUGAUCCGUGAGGAUGGUUGGAAAGGUUUAUAUAGAGGAUUAGGUCCAAGGUUUUUUAGCAUGUCAGCGUGGGGUACUUCAAUGAUAUUGGCAUAUGAAUAUCUGAAGCGUUUGUGUGCAAAAGAUGAAGAGGCAAUUGAUCGGUAAUUGAGUUCCCUUUGUGGGUUACAAUGGCUGCUGGACAUAACCAGUUUUUUGACUUGAAGGCAAAACUUUAAGCUGGCAGUUAUGCGAAUUGAUUGUUCAAGGAAAUAAUCAUUGUAUACAUAGAUAUGGAAAUUUUCGUUUUAGAAAAUUUCUUUCAUUCUUUUCAAUGAUUAAAUUGGAUUAGAUGUAUUCUUUUGCAACAUUUAUGAUAAUGUACAAUAGGAGGAAAAUGGUUACAAUCAUUUCUUAUUCUGCCCCGCU